AUGUACGUUCAAGACGAAUGGCCUAAGAAUCCCAACGGCACAGAUUAUGACGGGCAGAACCUUCUGGGUUUACUUCGAGCCGGGAAGAGCCCUUUUGAGGGGAUCUGGGAUGUGGAGGUUCUCGUGAGGGAAAUUGAGGAGGGUAUCCAUCUCAAAUUAGAGAAAGGCCCAGACAUCCUAGCACGUCUCUCCCGCUCCGACGUCAACAUGCCUAACUUCGAUGGUUUCCCCAUCCACGUCCAGAUCCCAGAGGUCAUGUUCGAAGCCGCGGUAUACGACCUUUUAUACGGCGUCCCGGGGGUGAUGGUGCCCAGGUUAUUGUGGUAUCGGAUCCCGAUGCUGUAUGAAAGCCAUCGUAGAGAUUUGAGGGGCAGGAGCUUAUUGUUUUUUGAGAAACCGGAGGGGGAGGCGGAUGUCUGGAGGGAUCUUGGUCCUGAGCAAAAAGUUUUGUUGAUUGGAAGUUCGGCGCGGAUUCGCGCUGCUCUUUUUAUAUAUGAACUUCCAAGCAAUUUUUCAAGUUUCUGGCUGCGAGAACGCCUUUUUGAACAGAAGCCUAAGAGGAUCCCAGUGUGUGUUGCUCCUACGCGAGAAUUCUGUGUCUCGCUUCUUACGUCGAAGAUUAACGCGACGAUUGGAGCGCUGGGUGAGAUGAUGGGAUGGGAGGAGGAUUGCGCGAUUGUAGGUCCUAUUGCAGCAGCGGCCAAACAGUCUUUGUUAAAACUCAUUCCACAAAUUCUGCCUGAAGAGGACAAUGAAAUCUCUCUGUACCGCCUCGUUCUUGAGCAUGGGGAUUUUGGAGUGCAUAAUAUGAGUGUGGUGGUGGAUGGGAAGGGCGAACCUUGUGUUACGUCUUUGUUUGAUUGGGAGACUGGUUGUAUUGUUCCUGCUAUACUGUCGGAUCCGUUGAUGGCUGUAUGGGUUGAUUUAGUGACUGAUGAGAAUGGGGUCGCUUCGUACACGCGUGUUCCUGAGGACGCUGGGCCUGAAGAUCAUGAGGAGUAUAGGGGGUGGACGGAGAAGUAUUUUGAGGUCUUGUUUGAACAGGCACCGGAUUAUGAGAAAGCGAUUAAGGCGGGGAAAGAUGUUAGAUACCUCUGGUUUACAUUGCGUGCCUGGCGGGGAGAAGAUCCAGAGGCGUAUUUUGGGAAACUGGGGGAGUGGGCUGAGGGGAGGUUGAGGGAGAUGGGUGGGGAGUGA